UGGGACCGCCACCCGCUUCUACAGUAUGUUAUUCAGGUCAACCCGCGUAAGGGAGGCGGAAACCACUGAGGAAACCAACAGCCUUCCGAAAUGGGCGACUCUUUCCAUGCACUAUCUCAACUCUCCCUUCAAUUGGCGCAGGACUUGGCGAACCAGACAAGAGCUGUCGAGCUGACUCGGUCACUUCUGAAAGGCGUUGAGUUCGGCCUGGGUCGCACCGACAGUAAACACAUCCGAGCUUAUUUGUUCCUGCUCCUUAAAGACCCUUGCGCGACACCUCAGCUAUGGGCGUCGACCUCGGAAGAAUCGGACGACUCAGCUCUGCAAAAGGAGUUUCAGACCGCUCUCGAGCAUGCCGAUAUUACCGAGAACGCCAAACCAUUUGCUGUGUCCCUGGCGUCGGGGGAAACCGUGCUGGUUUGCCGGUACUCUACAGUAUACGAACCGACCUAUUUACUCCUUCGCGGGGCCUCGCUGGAAGCACUCAAUAGCGCUGUCUGUGCUCUGCUUGGUGGUCUCACUGGGUUCAUCCUGUCCUACGUCCGGUCUGCCGAAAUAGAACAUACCCGCAACAUCUUGCGCGCACAUGUGAUGCCGAAAAUCAACAUUGGCGUCGUGACAUUCAAUACGGACGAAGCCGCAGCUGCCUACAACGAAGGAGCGCGAGACCUGCUAGGGAACGCUGAGCGUUCGGAGAUGCUUGGUCGAUUGCAGUGUCUGGGAGAUUCUGGGAUGGAGGAUCCCGUGCAAUACGCCUUGGAUCAUCGAUCAUUCCGAGGGGAAGCUACGGUCCAAAGCAUAGCCGGCAACAGAAACGUCACGGUGACUGUUCUCCCAUUGGCGAACAUGCGAGGACAAGACAUGGGAAGUGCUAUGGUAUUGCAAGAUACGAGCGAUCCGGAUCGCAAAAUAGAGCGUCUGCGAAUCGUGCUGGAGGGGUGCCAAUCUGCAAUGAUAGGAAUGGACUACGACCGACGAAUCACCGAAUGGAACGAUAGUGCUCGGCAGGUUUUUGGCUUUGAACGCAAGGAGGUGGUGGGGAAAAGCAUUGAUCAGGAUGAGGAAUUGUCGAAGCUGCGGUUCUUGCUGCCGCAUAUCGAGAGCAUGAGCAAAUGUCGGAGUCGAGAAGCCUUUUCGACCGUGGGCAUGCGGAAGAACGGGGAGACGUUUCCGUGUGAAGGGUGCAUCAGCACCGUCUCCUUCGCCGAAGAACAAUUCUUGAUCUUGUCCGUCACCGACGUUUCCGAGCGGGUCGCAGCUGAGGAGAGGAUACACCGCCAAAACUCCACUUUGCAAGGCAUUUUUGAAGGCAGUCCUGAUGGGUUCGCCGCCAUAGAUGGUAACGGGCUACUGUCCCUCGCAAACCCAGUGUUCGCUAAAAUUUUUCACUUGGGAGAGGACUUGGACGCCGCUGUCGGCAAAAACUGGGCCAAGAUGUGCACGCCAGAGAUGCUGGAACAUACGCGGACGGUGCAGGCGCAGCCUCUGGAUCGGGGCGCUCGAAGCCCCUGUGUUCAGUUCCUUCAAACAUGUCCAUCGGAGAAUAAAAUGUACUUGAUCACGCUAGGGAAAAUCCUCUCGAGCAAGGACACCCAAUGGGGCAUUUUCGUCAUGAUCCGUGAUGUGACCGAACAAAAGCGGUCAGAAGCAGAGUCCGAGGCGGAAGUGCGGGAGAGGACAAAGCAAGCCAGGGACUCUGAGGCUUUUCUGCGCUCCGUAACAGACGCAUCCCCAUCAAGCAUCUACGUCAAGGAUUUGGUGGGGAAAUACGUUCUCGCCAACACUGCAUUUGCGCAGUCUGCCAAUCGCUCCAAGGCGGAUAUAAUAAAUCAUUACGAUUAUGAGGUGUUCCCCGAUUAUGUCGAGAAGAUCCGACCCAUGGAUGAAGAAAUCAUCAGAACCAAGGUUGCAUUUUCCGCAGAGUUCGUGUCGCGGGCGGAAACAUUUCAUCUCGCCAAGUUUCCGCUAUUCAACGAGCAAGGCGAACUGUAUUCGAUUGGGUGUAUUUCGACCGACAUUACGAGAUUGAAAGAAGCAGAACGGGCGCGAGUGGCGCAAGAGCGACGAUUCCGUAUCUUGAUGGAGUUAUCCCCCAUCGGUAUGGCGUUACAUGGGCCACAGGGGAACACGAUGAAAGUGAACCAGGCGUAUCUUGCCACCUGGGGCGUGCAACUCCCCACCAUCGCAGAAAUGGUCAAGGCUGCUAUUGAAUCGUCAGCCAAGUCAGGAAUGCCCCCGGAGUUGGACAAGGCGAUGCGGGGCGAAUCCCUGAAAAUUGCAGCCAAAAGAUACCAGGCCAACGGGGGUCAUGAACGCUAUCUGGAGCUCUAUAUUUACCCCAUCAAGGAUGAAGAUAACCAGCUCACGGAAAUAAUUUCGAUAACUGUUGAUGUCACGGAUUUGAAGAUGGCCGAGAAUGACCGGGUUCAGUCUGAAGCUCGGGCGGAAGCCAGCAAACAAGCUUCUAUUGCCCGCACCCAGUUUCUUGCGUCUGUCAGCCACGAGCUGCGAACACCGCUGAACGGGAUCAUAGGAAUGGCCGACUUUCUCUCAGAGGCUCACCUAACUGCCGAGCAAACCGAGUUUGCCACAAGCAUCUAUACGUCCGCCAAAGGCCUGCUACACAUCAUCAACGACAUCUUGGAUUUCUCAAAAAUGGAUGCUGGCAAGAUGGAGCUCAGCCUUGCUCCCUUCGACUUGCAACAGGCAAUACAGGGAGUUGUGCAAACGGUGCAGCCGAUGGCUCAUAAGAAGAGGCUGGAGCUAGAUGUGUUCUUGCAUCCCGACUUGCCGCAGGCGGUGAUAGGAGAUGCGCCGAGGCUGGGGCAGAUAAUUCUGAAUCUUCUCGGGAACGCCAUCAAAUUUAGUGACAGCGGCACCGUUACCGUGCGUGCUGUUCCCGCACCAUCGGAGUACGAGUCCGUGUCAAAUAAAGAUGUCAUACCGUCAAACGGGAUUCUUCAUUUGGCUAAGCAGAAUGGGUUGACAACCAGCCACAGUGGGCCGUGGAUGUUGCUGGAGGUUAUCGACACUGGUGUAGGCAUUCCGGAGAGUGCGCAUCAGCGGAUAUUCCAGCCCUUCUCGCAAGUCGAUGCCAGCAUUUCAAGAAAGCACGGUGGAACGGGCCUCGGAUUAAACAUCUGCAAACUACUGGUAGAACAAAUGGGCGGACACAUUGGGUUCCGCUCCGUCGCUAAGAAGGGCACUACGUUCUUCUUCACCUUGCCGCUCGAAGUGUGCAAUGAAAAGCUGGCCAAGCCCACCAUCAACCCCGCGAAAUUCGUCUUCCCCGUCGACGCCUUUGCGGGCCGCAAGUACCGCGUGCUGGUAGCGGAGGACAAUCCGACGAACCAGAAAGUCAUCACGCGAUACCUUCAGCGGCUCCAGCUGGAUGUCGAAUUGGUGGAUAAUGGGAAGCUGGCGGUGGAAGCUGUGCAGUCCGGGCGGAAGAUCGAUAUCUGUCUGAUGGACAUUCAGAUGCCGGUUAUGGACGGUCUCGACGCGACAGCACGCAUCCGGGCCCUCCCGAGCCCAUACAAUUCUCUGCCGAUCAUAGCUUUGACAGCAAACGCCGUUCAAGGGGACCGCGAGAUGUGUCUAAACGCUGGAAUGGACGACUAUGUUUCGAAACCCAUCGAGCCCAGACAUCUCGUCCGUGUGCUGCAAGGAUGGCUUACAGCGGGGAGAUGAUUCAUGUCUAUGCUUUGCUUGCCGUCUCGCAUGACUUCCUUUUUGGUAGUAGAUAGUGGAGAUACCAGGACGUAUAGUUUAGAAUCUCAAGGACAGUUUACAUGCGCUUUUGGAAUAGAUUUGGAGGUUUUUUUUGGGGGCGGGGAACUCCACAUGUCGUAGGUCUCUCGCAAAUGACCUUCGCAUCUGACGAUGGACUCGAUUUUGCUUAUAGAGAGUCCAUCGGUCUCCAUCGUUGUCGGGAAUCGCGCUGUCGAUCUCAGUACGUAAUGCUUACAGCCCCGUCAAUCAGGGCCCAUACGUAUAACACGACG